CCUCUUUCUCUCUCUCUCGCGCUCAACAGUUCGGAAAAAAUGCGAACGAGGGACGGGUCCAAGCGACAGAAACAAUCUUCAGGUAUGGACAAUGCAAAGAAAGCUCUUCAUGAUUCAGAAAGCAUAAGCCGUUCGGAGUCGCACAAUGACAGUGGGACUCUUGCUGACAUAUCACAGGAGGCUGUUGGCAGACUUCUAAGACGUGCCAGUAACCGCAACUCUUCUGGGAAAAAGAAACGUGAUAAUAACCCCAGACAACAUGAUUCAAUUGGCACACCGGAGAGUGGGCCAAAAAGAAAUGACAAACUAGAUGUGGAUCCAGGAGCCAUACGGAAUACUUCAAAGGCUGAAGGUUGCAGUACAGAUGCAAUUGGAAAGACUGCGGGGGAAGAGAGAGUUGACGGUGGAAGUUUACGGAAUACUCUUUCAGAAAAUAGGGAAGAAUUGAAUGACUCAGAUUGGGAAGAUGGUUCAAUUCCUAAUUUGGAUUCCACAGACGAUCUUCCAGUUACCAUUGAAUUUAGUGAGACACCAAAUUCUGAUAGAAGGAAACCUGUGCGGCGAGCUUCUGCUGAGGAUAAGGAAUUGGCUGUGCUUGUGCAUAAGGUUCAUUUGCUUUGUUUGCUUGCACGAGGCAGAUUAAUUGACAGGGCUUGUGAUGAUCCUCUUAUUCAGGCUUCUUUAUUUUCUCUUCUACCAACACACUUGCUGAACAUAUCAAAGUCCACACAUCUUACUGCAAGUGCUUUGCAUCCCCUUCUCCUUUGGUUUCAAAAUAACUUCCAUGUUAGAAGCUCAACCAGUGCAGAGAGGUCAUUUGACUUGGCUUUGGCCUUUGCUCUUGAAACUCGAGAAGGAACUCCAGAGGAGAUUGUUGCACUAUCUGUGGCACUAUUUAGGGCUUUGAAUCUUACAUCCCGGUUUGUGUCCAUUUUGGAUGUUGCCUCAUUAAAACCAGAUGCUGACGAGUCUGAAACUCUCAGUCAAGAUGCUAGCAGAUCAAGUAAGGGGAUAUUCAAGAAUUCAACACCAAUGGUAGCUAGACCACAACAGGAUUCUGUCUCUCCCAUUAAAUCAUUUUCAUGCAAUGAGAGAGGCAAUAUCUGUGAAACUUCUCAGAGUGUUUCAAGCAAAAGUAUAGACCGCUGCUCAACAAGCAACAUCACUCAAUCCAAAGAUUCUUCUGUUACUAGUGAGUUGGAUGAUAAGAUGUCAGAUUCAUUAGCUUGCGAGGCAGGACAUGGUAUCUCUGAAGCAUGCCUUACCAAGGAAUCUCAGAGACCAAAGAGGAAAGGGGAUCUUGAGUUUGAGAUGCAGUUGAAAAUGGCUCUUUCUGCGACAGCAGUUGUGACUGGGGAGAGCAAAAUAGAGUCGGAUGCGAGAGAUUUGAACAGUAACUCGUUGAAUUUCUCUUCUCCUCUGAAAAGAGUGAAAAGAAUUAUAAGUGAAGAAUCUCCAACUUCUUCCCAGGUGAUCUCUACUGCAGUUGGCUCAAGAAAAGUAGGAUCUCCUUUGUAUUGGGCAGAAGUAUACUGCAAUGGGGAAAACUUGACAGGAAAGUGGGUGCAUGUUGAUGUUGUCAAUGCAGUUAUUGAUGGGGAGCAGAAGGUUGAAGCUAUGUCUGCUGCAUGCAAAACAUCUUUGAGAUAUGUAGUUGCUUUUGCUGGGCAAGGGGCUAAAGACGUGACACGCAGGUAUUGUUUGAAGUGGUACAAAAUAGCAUCACGGCGAGUUGAUUCAAUUUGGUGGGAUGCAGUGUUGGCACCUCUGAAAGAGUUAGAGGCCGGAGCCACUGGAGGAACGUUCCAUAUGGAAAAGCAACAAACUGAGGACUCAUCUGAACAUGAGAAAGUAAAAGCAUCAAGAAAGUUGGAAAGUCCAACUCUGGAUGUUGUUCCAGGCAAUGCCAUCUUUGGGAAGUCAAGCCUGGAAAUCUCAAAAGAGUCUGGCAAGAAGAUUGAUGUAGAAUCUUCUCCUAGCAAUUCUUUUGCUGCUACUAGGAGCGCUCUUGAGGACAUGGAGUUGGAAACUAGGGCAUUAACUGAGCCUCUUCCGACCAAUCAGCAGGCCUACAAAAACCAUCAACUUUAUGCUAUUGAAAGAUGGCUUACUAAGUAUCAGACCCUUCAUCCAAAGGGUCCCAUUCUUGGUUUUUGUUCUGGUCAUCCAGUUUACCCACGGAGUUGUGUGCAAACACUCAAGACCAAAGAAAGAUGGCUGCGGGAAGGGUUGCAAAUCAAAGCUAAUGAGCUUCCUGUAAAGGAAUUAAAACGUUCUGUAAAGCUUCACAAAGUACAGGUUCCUGAAGAUGAUGAAUGUGGCGGGGUCAACUAUGAAGGAACUAGUGAACUUUAUGGGAAGUGGCAACUGGAACCAUUGCAUCUGCCUCAUGCGGUUAAUGGCAUUGUGCCAAAGAAUGAUCGUGGUCAAGUGGAUGUUUGGUCUGAGAAGUGUCUCCCUCCUGGGACAGUGCACUUGAGGUUACCGAGGGUGUUUUCCGUUGCCAAGAGACUGGGGAUCGAUUAUGCACCUGCCAUGGUUGGUUUUGAAUUCAGAAACGGACGCUCGCAUCCUAUCUUCGAUGGUAUUGUGGUGUGUGCUGAGUUCAAGGAUGCAAUAUUAGAGGCAUAUGCAGAGGAAGAAGAAAGAAGAGAGGCGGAAGAGAAGAAAAGGAAUGAAACACAAGCUACUUGUAGGUGGUAUCAGCUUCUUUGUUCCAUCAUAACUCGGCAAAGGUUGAACAGCCGCUAUGGUGACAACUUACCGUCACAAACAUCCUCUGACAUCCAAGACAUGAAUAACAGAUCAAAUGCAUCAGUUGGUGGAUGUCAUGAAGACAAGCAAUCUCUUGAAUGCCCGCAAGAAGACAGACAUCAAGCUACGUUGGAGGCUCCAUCGGCUGCCCUGCCUGAAGAGCAUCAGCAUGUAUUCUUGACAGAGGAUCAGAUUUUCGAUGAGGAGAGUUUGGUGCUGAUAAAGCGAUGUCAUUGUGGGUUUUCCGUCCAAGUGGAAGAAUUGUAGCACCAUAGUUGUGACGCUGUUCUACGUAAUUAGCGUUUUGUUUGUUUCGAUAUAAAACUAUUUUUUUUUUCCA